CAGGAAUAGAAGGGCCCGAGAUGCGCGGCGUGCAGUAGCGCGCCAGGGCGACGCGGCCGCCGCGGUCACCGCGGCAGGCACCAGCGCAGGGCUCGGUUUAGAAAGUGGCUAGAUUAAAGGAGAGCCAAUCAAGGGGCCUCUGAUUUAGGAGUGAUUGUUAGAGUCUGUUGGGGCUAUGGCCUAUAAGAGUCCUUGUAAUCCAUCAAUUAGGAUUAAGCAAGAACAAUUAUCUCUCCUUCUCCCUCUCUCAACAAAACGGGCGCUGAGGGGUAAAACCUCGCCCCAACACGGAUCGCGGCUACGAACUACGUAGCCGGGGUGCGCCUAUCCUAUCCCUCGACGCCCUUGACAACCUGGUAUCACGGUCUAGGCGAUCCAGUUCAUCCCGUGCCCCUUCGCCAACCCCAGCCGCCGCACCACCCUCAGCCGCCGCGCCGUCACCCUCGCCUCGCGUAGACGCCAUGGGCGACAACACCGUCAACAACGCCGCCAACGCUGCCUUGCAGGUGACCUUGGACUCCCUGGUCGCGUCCAUCAGGACCCUCCAGACGUCCGUGGAGGCCAACGCCCAGGCCAUCCAGCGCCUGGACGCCGCGCGCCCGCCGCCGGGCGGAUCGUCAACCUCCGCACGCUCCGGGUCGGGGGAGCACCACCAAGAUCGGCCGCCGCGUUUCCAAACGCUCGAUUUCCCGCGCUACGAUGGCAAGUCGGAUCCCCUGAUCUUUAUCAAUCGCUGUGAAUCUUAUUUUCAUCAACAGCGAAUCAUGGAGGAGGAGAAAGUCUGGAUGGCGUCAUACAACCUCGAGGACGGCGCCCAGCUGUGGUACUACCAAGUCCAGCAGGACGAGGGUACUCCUUCCUGGCGCCAUUUCAAGGAGCUCCUCCACCUGCGCUUUGGGCCUCCCCUUCGAUCCAACCCCCUCGGCGAGUUGGUGGCUUGCCACCGAACCGGUACCGUGGAGGAGUACCAGGACCGGUUCCAGGCCCUGCUACCUCGCGCGGGCCGCCUAGACGAGGCACAGCGCGUCCAGCUGUUCACCGCCGGCCUCCUUCCACCGCUCAGCCAUGAUGUGGAGAUCCACAAUCCCCAGUCGCUGGUGGCGGCCAUGAGCCUCGCCCGCAAGAUCGACUUGCGGAACAGCUACGUCGCGCCCGCGGCACGCGUUCCCCCGCGCGAUCGGUCGCUCCUGCCGGCGCCCGCACCGCGACUCGCCCUGCCGGCGCCCCUGGGGGACAAGGCGGCCAAGGCCGCGCCGGCCACGAUCACCGUGGAGGGCCGGCCGAUUCGUCGGCUGACUCAGGCGGAACAGGAGGAGCGUCGUCGCCUCGGUCUCUGCUACAACUGUGAUGAAAAGUUCGGUCGCGGGCACAAUCGGGUCUGCAAGCGGCUGUUCCUCCUCGACAGCGUCAUCGAGGACGACACCGACGACGGGGCCGCUGCUGAUGAGGACGCCGCCGGGGAGGAGACCCCGCACUUCUCCCUCAACGCGAUCGCUGGGGUGUCCUUCAGCGACACUAUGCAGAUCCAGGUGGCCGUGGGCGCCGCCGUCUUCACCGCGCUCCUCGACUCGGGAUCCACGCACAACUUCAUCGCCGAGGACGCGGCCCUCCGUAUCGGGCUGCCUCUGCAGCGUCGCCCACGCCUCACGGCGACAGUGGCGAAUGGCGAGCGCGUCUCCUGCCCUGGCGUCAUUCGGCAGGCACCGCUCACCAUCGACAACGACACAUUCCGCGUCGAUCUCUUCGUGAUGCCACUCGCCGGGUACGACCUGGUCCUCGGCACGCAGUGGCUGGCGACCUUGGGGCCGGUGCUCUGGGACUUCAGCACGCGGAAGAUGUCCUUCCAGCGUCAGGGGCGCGCCGUGUGCUGGACGGGCGUGGCGACGACCAGCGCGCCGGGCGUCCGCACCACGAUAGCCAGCGAGUCCCUCCUGGACGAACUGCUGGCAUCCUUCGGGGACGUCUUCGCUGAGCCCCAGGGGCUCCCGCCUCCGCGCGCCUGCGACCACAGCAUCGUCCUCAAGCCGGGCGCGCAGCCGGUGGCGGUCCGGCCGUACCGGUACCCUGCGUCCCACAAGGACGAGUUGGAGCGGCAAUGUGCCGCCAUGUUGGAGCAGGGCAUCAUCCGCAGCAGCGCGUCGGCGUUUUCUUCGCCGGUCCUCCUCGUCAGGAAGGCAGAGGGAUCCUGGCGCUUCUGCGUCGACUACCGCGCCCUGAACGCCCUCACCGUCAAGGACGCGUUCCCCAUUCCCGUAGUGGACGAACUGCUCGACGAACUCCAAGGCGCCCGAUUCUUCUCCAAGCUGGACCUUCGCUCCGGGUACCACCAAGUUCGCAUGCGGCCGGGUGAUGUCCACAAGACGGCGUUCCGCACACACGAGGGCCUCUACGAGUUCUUGGUGAUGCCGUUCGGGCUGUGCAACGCCCCAGCGACAUUCCAGGCGCUCAUGAACGACGUCUUGCGACCCUUCCUCCGCCGGUUUGUCCUUGUCUUCUUUGAUGACAUUUUGAUAUACAACAAGACAUGGGCUGACCACCUUCGCUACCUCCGCGCCGUCCUCUCCAUGCUGCGCCAGCACCAUCUCUUCGUCAAGCGCGCGAAGUGCGCCUUCGGCGUCGCCUCCGUUUCGUACCUCGGCCACGUCAUCUCCGAGGCGGGCGUCGCCAUGGAUCCGGCCAAGGUGCAGGCCAUCCAUGACUGGCCGGCCACGUUCGGCGCAGGCGGUGCGCGGUUUCCUCGGCCUGGUCGGGUACUACCGCAAAUUCGUCCAUAACUUCGGCUCCGUCGCCGCGCCACUGACCGCCCUCCUCAAGAAGGAAGGGUUCUCCUGGACCGACGCAGCGCCGCGGCCUUCGACGCGCUCAAGGCGGCGGUCACCUCGGCCCCGAUCCUGGCGAUGCCGGACUUCGCCAAGGACUUCGUCGUGGAGUGCGACGCUUCUUCGCACGGGUUCGGCGCGGUGCUCAUCCAGGACGCGCACCCGAUUGCGUUCUUCAGCCGCCCCGUCGCGCCACGCCAUCGCUCCCUCGCCGCCUAUGAGCGGGAGCUCAUCGGCCUCGUCCACGCCAUACGGCACUGGAGACCGUACCUCUGGGGCCGCCGAUUCCUCGUCAAGACGGAUCAUUACAGCCUCAAGUACCUAUUGGAUCAGCGUCUCGCCACGAUUCCCUAGCACCACUGGGUGGGGAAACUGUUGGGCUUCGACUUCUCCGUCGAGUACAAGCCGGGCGCGGCGAACGUGGUGGCGGACGCCUUGUCCCGCCGCGACACGGACGAGGGGGUCAUUUUUGCCAUCUCCGCCCCGCAUUUCGACUUCGUCACGCGCCUCCGUCAAACGCAGGACACCGACCCUGUCCUCGUCGCCAUACGGGACGAGCUCCGUGCAAGCUCCCGCGGCGCACCAUGGACGCUCGUCGACGGCAUGGUCCAGUUCGGCGGCCGCCUCUACAUUCCCCCGGCGUCCCCGCUCGUCCAGGAGAUCAUGGUGGCCGUGCACGAGGACGGGCAUGAAGGGGUCCAGCGCACACUACAUCGCCUCCGACGCGACUUUCAUUUUCCUAACAUGCGACAGCUGGUGCAGGACCUCGUGCGCUCGUGCGUGACAUGUCAGAGGUACAAAUCGGAGCACCUCCACCCGGCAGGACUUCUACUUCCCCUGCCCGUACCCCAGGGUGUCUGGACGGACAUCGCGCUCGACUUCGUGGAGGCAUUGCCGCGCGUCCGUGGCAAGUCCGUCAUCUUGACGGUGGUGGACAGGUUCAGCAAGUACUGCCACUUCAUUCCCCUGGCGCACCCGUACUCCGCCGAGUCCGUCGCGCAAGCCUUCUUCACCGACAUAGUGCGGCUUCACGGCGUUCCCCAGUCCAUGGUGUCCGACCGCGAUCCGGUCUUCACCUCGACGUUCUGGCGAGAGCUCAUGCGCCUGAUGGGCGCCAAGCUCCACAUGACCUCGGCGUUCCACCCUCAGUCCGACGGCCAGUCAGAAGCUGCCAACCGCGUCAUCGUCAUGUACCUGCGCUGCCUCACCGGCGACCGACCUCGACAGUGGCUGCGCUGGUUGCCAUGGGCGGAGUACGUCUACAACACCGCCUACCAGUCCUCGCUGCGGGACACCCCGUUCCGCGUCGUCUACGGGCGCGAUCCUCCGACCAUCCGGUCUUAUGAGACGGGGGACACACGGGUGGCCGUCGUCGCCAGGAACAUGGAGGAGCGUGACGAGUUCCUGGCGGACAUCCGCUAUCGCCUGGAGCAGGCGCAGGCGGUCCAGAAGAAGCACUACGACAAGCUCCACCGUCAUGUCGCGUAUCAGGUGGGCGAUUGGGCCCUCCUUCAUCUUCGUCAGCGGGCAGCUUCGUCCAUUCCCCAGGCCGUCACCGGCAAGCUCAAGCCGCGCUACUUCGGCCCCUACCGCGUCGUCGAACUUAUCAACGACGUCGCCGUCCGCCUGGCCCUUCCGCCUCGCGCUCGGCUGCACGAUGUGUUCCACAUCGGUCUCCUCAAGAAGUUCCGCGGGCCGCCACCGGAUGCUACACCACCACUGCCCCCCAUCCACCAUGGUGCGUCGGUUCCAGAGCCGGAGCGGGCCGUGCGGGCACGAUUGGCGCGCGAUGUGCGCCAGGUCCUUGUCCAGUGGAAGGGCGAGUCGGCUGCAUCGGCUACAUGGGAAGACGUCGAGGCCUUCACCGCCAAGUACCUGGCCUUCCAGCUCGAGGACGAGCUGCUCCUCGACGGGGGGAGAGAUGUCAUGUGGGGCCGCACAUACGCCAGGAAUCGAAGGGCCCGAGAUGCGCGGCGUGCAGCAGCGCGCCAGGGCGACGCGGCCGCCGCGGUCACCGCGGCAGGCACCAGCGCAGUGCUCGGUUUAGAAAGUGGCUAGAUUAAAGGAGAGCCAAUCAAGGGGCCUCUGAUUUAGGAGUGAUUGUUAGAGUCUGUUGGGGCUAUGGCCUAUAAGAGUCCUUGUAAUCCGUCAAUUAGGAUUAAGCAAGAACAAUUAUCUCUCCUUCUCCCUCUCUCAACAAAACGGGCGCUGAGGGGUAAAACCUC